ACCCCUCACUGUAUAAAUAGCGGCGCAGCCCUGAGCUCGCUCUCUUCUGGCGGCGGACGGCGGCGUGAGCAGGCCGGCUGGUCGUGCUGCACUGCGGCCUAACCCCGCCCGCUGCCGCUAUGCUGGAGAUCCGUAGUUAAACGGCAGCAGCUGAGUCUGUGAUGCGAAGGACUUAACGGCUGCUUUUAUCCCCGUUGGCUGCUUUUAUCGGACCUUUGAACGUUCGGAACCGGACCCUGGAGGACAGAUCGGAGGCUGAGUCCGGACGCGGUGCUGUAACACAGUGAGAGCCGGGCUGGGGACAAGCAGGGUUUGUGUCCAGCACAGCCGACCAACAGCUGCAGCUCAGCACCCUGCGGGCUGGGCAAGGCCUGAACAGAGCAGCUUUCAUUGCUCACAUCCAUCCGACAUGUCUGCGAAACGUGGUGCCAAGAAAAGCCUCGUGUUGGAGAAGUCUCCUGAAAGGAAGAAACUCAAAGUCUGCCACCCGUCACAUCGCACUCAGCCCGGCCUGGUGCUCGUAUUGGGUCAGGGGGAUGUCGGACAGCUGGGCCUGGGGCAGGAUGUGAUGGAGAGGAAGAAGCCGGCCCUGGUGCAGCUGCCGGAGCUGAUGGUGCAGGUGGAGGCAGGAGGGAUGCACACCGUGUGCCUCAGCGAGACGGGCAAAAUCUACACCUUUGGUUGCAAUGACGAAGGUGCCCUCGGGCGAGAUACCACGGAGGAAGGCUCAGAGUGCAGCCCUGGAGCCGUGGAGCUGCAGGAGAGGGUGGUGCAGGUCUCAGCAGGGGACAGCCACACGGCUGCACUGACGGAUGACGGCAGGGUGUUCAUCUGGGGUUCAUUCCGGGAUAACAACGGGGUGAUCGGGCUGCUGGAGCCCAUGAAGAAGAGCACCAUCCCUGUGCUGCUUGAGCUCAAUGUGCCCGUUGUUAAGAUUGCCUCAGGGAACGACCAUUUGGUGAUGCUGACAGUGGAUGGCGAGCUGUUCACGUGUGGCUGUGGCGAGCAGGGCCAGCUGGGCAGGGUGCCUGCACUCUUCUCCAACCGAGGAGGACGGAAGGGGCUGCAGCGCCUGCUGGUCCCCCAGCGUGUCCCUGUCAGAAGCAAAGGCAAAAUGCGUUUCCAAGAUGCUUUCUGUGGGGCUUACUUCACCUUUGCCAUCACACGGGAAGGACACAUCUAUGGGUUCGGCCUCUCCAACUACCACCAGCUGGGGACCCAGGGCACCGAGCCCUGCUUCUCCCCACAGAACCUGACGUCCUUCAAGAACUCCACCAAGUCCUGGGUCGGGUUCUCUGGUGGGCAGCACCACACCAUCUGCGUGGACUCGGAGGGUAAAGCCUACAGCCUGGGCAGGGCUGAGUACGGCCGGCUGGGCCUCGGGGAAGGGGCAGAAGAGAAGAGCACACCCACUGUCAUCCCAGACCUCCCCAACAUCUCUUCUGUUGCAUGUGGUGCAUCGGUCGGCUAUGCUGUCAGCAGUGAUGGACGAGCAUUCGCGUGGGGAAUGGGCACCAACCACCAGCUGGGCACCGGCGAAGAGGAGGACGUCUGGAGCCCCGUGGAGAUGACAGGGAAACAACUGGAGAACCGCCUGGUCCUGGCUGUGUCCAGUGGAGGCCAACACACAGCCCUGCUGGUCAAGGACAAGGCACGGAGCUGAUGGCUCCAUUGGGGCGCAGUGGGAUCAUGGAGCCCACGGGUGCCUCCUCCUGCCAUCAGCCCCACCUCGGGCAGCUGCUUCCCAGCUCUGCUGUCUCCCAAACCACAAUGGGGGAAGGCCGAGGUGUCUUCUCAGGUGCCCCGUCUUCUGUUUUGUGUUGCCUUCCAGGUACCUGCACUGGGAAGGGAGAUGCUGCGAGGAUGGAUUUUAUACAUUAAGUUUAAGAAUAAGUGAGGGGUGGGGGGGGGGGAAUUGGAAGCUGUGUGUGCUUGGGGCUGGUCAGGAGGCUGGGAGCUGUACAGCAGCUGAUGCUGAAUUUCUUUUUUAAAGCAAAUGUAAAAAGUAUUUUGGUUGAUUGAAGAAGAGAGGGAAGGGGGGGAGGGGAAAAAAAAAUCUCUAGGCGUUUGGAAUAAAUAAGUUUUGAUAAGUG